AUGUCCGAAAGUACGGUUGCAGAAAAGCAGGUUACGAAAGAAGACAAACCUCCAUCAAAAAUACCCGACUCUGUCAAGAACAUUUUAUCAAUGGAGAAAGAAAAUGAGUCAAAUGCUAAUCGCAAAUCUCGAAUCGAUCUUAAUGCGCUGCCAACACGUCAGUAUCUGGACCAAACGGUAGUCCCAAUAUUGCUACAGGGCCUAUCAGCUCUUGCAAAGGAAAGGCCACCAGACGCAAUAAAUUAUUUAGCAGCUUACCUCUUAAAAAACAAAUCCACCUUUGACAGUAGUAAUUCUAACUCUAAUAAUAAUGCACCACAAAAUCAACAAUCCUAG